AAGCCUCUCUGUGAACUGAUUUCCUAUGAUUCUGUUUUCCUCUUGAGUAUUGGUGGGCACUGGAUGAUGGAACUCCAUUUUCACCCUUCAUCUUUUCAAAGUGCACAUGCUGAUAUUAAAGCUGUCCGGGGUGUCUUAGGGACAUUUGUAUUCACAGGGCUUUUAAAAGCUAGCCAGAGCAGAUCGUUUCAACUGCAGUUCCCUUUUUCAGGGCUGAGGGCGCAUGAGCCAUUUGCAGAACUUACUGUUAGAUACACUCCUGGGAACAAAGCAUGUGGACAGUGCAGCCCUCAUCAAACUCCAGGAGCAGAGCCUAUGUGUAGCAUCACCUGGAUUUAGUGUAAUGCCCAGUGAUGUCCGAACACUUGUGAAUGGAUUUGCCAAGAACCCUUUGAAAACCAGAAGAGAAGGAUUGUAUUUCAAGGAGAAGGACUACAAAUGUGUCCGGGCAGAUGACUAUUCUCUUUAUGCUAAGAGUGAAAACACUGGUGUGGUUGUUGUGAAGACCCGUCUGUAUCUUCUGGUGGCAACUUACACUGAGGGCAUGUAUCCUAGUGUCUGUGUGGAAGCCACAGAGAAAUUGGGAGAAUAUCUAAGAAGAAAAGGAAAUUAAGUCAUCAGAGGACUAUGAAAGACAGCUUUUAUGAUUUUAGAAGAAAACUAUACAUCCUAAAGAAAAAGUAAUGCCUUAUAUUGUGGUUGAAAAAUACUAGGCAGAAGAUACUGAAAAGGAAGAA